UAGAUUAUUUUCUGAGCAGUCUUAGUUUUCUUUUUUACGUAAUACAAAUUCUAAGCUUUGUUUCUCUACUAAGCUGAGCUCACAACAAUAUGGAUAACAAAGAAGAAAAAUCAGCAAAGUCUCAGUUACCCAUUGAAGGAGCCGAUGAACAUAAAGCAACAAAGUCAGAAGAAAUUGCAAAAGAAAUUAAUGAUCAAGUGAUCAUUGAUCCACCAAAAGUUGUAACAAUCGAAAGUGAUGCAACUACUACAGCUGCAGAAAAAGUUAAAGAAGAAAAUAUUCCAGUUGAGUGCAACAAAACUGAACAAGUUGAGAAAGAAGAAAAGGUCAGUGAUGAUACAAAAGAAAGUGAAGAAAUACCGGUCACUGUUGAGAUAAAGCCAAUUGAAAAAGAGUUCAAAUGCCGACCAGUAGCGUUUCUAUUAGGACUUCCAUUUGCCCUGAUCUCUCUCGUCCUCGCUUUUAUUGGAGGCAUUAUCUGGAUUAUCGGGUUGAUGUUGACAUGCAUAUGUCCCUGCUGCUUCUGCGUGACUAUCUUGGUCGAAAUGGCUCUUAGCCUAGUGAAUGCUCCUUUUCAAUUCUUCCAGUAUAUCACUGAUAAAAUACCUUUCUGAAGACCCCUAUGUUUAGGGGAUUUUAAAUUGAAGAUUGCACAAUCUUGCACUAUAUUUUUAAGUAUAUAUAUCAUUUUAGUCCUGUUACAUGCAAAGAUGUGUUUUGUAUGUCCUGUUCUUCAUUUUUUUUCUUUCUCUGUUUUGAUGCUUCUUUUGGUCUCUUCAAGUGUAUAUUUCCAAUAAAUUUGCUUGAUUCGGUUAAUUGGAUGUUCUGAUUUUUUUUUCUUUUACAACUUUAGAUUAAUGUCAAUUUCAUGUAAAUUUAUAUUGUGCUCAUAAAUAUUCAAUGUAAGCUCGAUCUUCU